GCCGGAGCCGGGGCCGGAUCCUCCCUCGGAGCGGGGGCCGUGCGGGGGCGGGCGCCGCGGGCAAUAAAGGCGCUGGGUGCAGCCGCGCGUCCGCGCCUCUCUCGGGGCCGUUGGCGGCGGCCGUUGGCGGCGGCGAUGCGGGCGGCGCUGGGGCUGGUGGCGCUGGGGCUGGUGGCGCUGGGGCUGCCGGCGCGGGGCAUCGGCCCCGGGGGAGAGGUGCCCGGGCAGCCCCGGUCCCCGGCACAGCCCCGGUCCCCGGCACAGCCCCGCCGCCAAGCCCCGCCGCGCUCCCGCGCCUACAGCAUCCCCAUCGCGGGCACCCCCCGCACCGUGCGCCUGCGGCAGCAAGUGUUCUUGCCAGAGGAUCUCAGGAUUUAUACGGACGGCCGAGGGGGGCUGGCGAAAUCCGAGCUUGCGCGUGUCGAGCGUGACUGCUUCUACGAAGGCUAUGUGGAGGGUUUCCCGGUGUCACUCGUGGCACUUAGCACCUGCUCUGGACUGAGCGGGGUCCUGCAGCUCGCAAAUACCAGCUAUGGGAUCAGGCCUUUGGAGGCUGCAGCUGGGUAUCAGCACCUCGUUUAUCAAAUGCGGAAUGAAAAUGUAGAGAUGCAGCCAUUUGUAGAAAACAGCUCCCUUGCCUGGGCUGCAGAGGUGUCACCGGAGCCGUGGGAAGGAGCAGCAGGCAAGGAAGCUGUCCACAGAUCCCCACGAUAUCUGGAAAUGCAUGCAGUUUUGGACAAAGCUCUGUAUGAAUACAUGGGAGCAGACAAGGAUGCUGUGACAGCCAAGAUAGUCCAGCUUUUCAGCUACGUGAACAGCAUGUUUACACACCUCAAUCUGACGAUAGUACUCUCUUCACUGGAGUUUUGGACAGAAAAGAACAAAAUUCCUACCACGGGAGAUGCUGAGGAGUUGCUGCAGAGAUUUUUGCAGUGGAAAAACAUGCAUCGUGUUUUGCGGCUAGAGGACAUAACAUUCUUAUUCGUUUACAGGGAGCAGUCCCCUUCUGUGGGGGUAUCUUCUGCGAAGAAGCUGUGUCUCAAGAACCACGCUGGAGGGGUUGCCUUGGUACGCAGUCUGUUUGUACCCCUAGCCUCCGUGUGUUGGCACGGUGCUGAGCUGUGCCUCCAGUACCGAAGCGCAAUGACACUGGAGGCAUUCUCAGUCGUCGUGGCCCAGCUGCUGGGGCUCAGCCUGGGGAUGGUGUACGACGACCCCAGGAGCUGUCACUGCGCAGGAGCCGUCUGCAUAAUGCAGCCCAGUGCGGUGCACUCAGCUGGCACCAAAGCCUUCAGCAGAUGCAGCAUAAGAGACUUUCAGCGUUUCCUUGCCACUGGAGAAGGGCAGUGUCUGUUGAACAGGCCAACGAUGGACGUGUCGUAUAAAGCUCCUGUGUGCGGCAACAAAGUGGUGGAGCCAGGAGAGGCUUGUGACUGCGGGUCAGCAGAGGAGUGCCGGCGUGAUCUGUGUUGUACUGUGGGGUGCAAAAGGAGGAAAGGGGUGCAGUGCCUGUCAGGACCAUGCUGCUGGAAGUGCAAGUUUGCGAAAAGCGGCACGUUGUGUAGAACCAGCCCCGAGGACGAGUGUGAGCUGAAGGAAUAUUGCAACGGCACCUCUGGGGAGUGCACACCCAACCAGUGGGUCAUGGACGGGCAUCCCUGCAGCAGGAACACCGCCUUUUGCUACAGAGGAGUUUGCCAGACAGCUGACAAGCAGUGUCAGGAGAUCUUCGGCAAAGGGGCCAAAAAUGCACCCUUGGCCUGCUACGAGGAAAUUAAUGGCCAAAGGGACAGAAUGGGACACUGCGGCUCCAAUCACAGCGGGUACCACAGCUGUGCAUGGAAGAAUCUCCAAUGCGGGAAGCUCAUCUGCGAAUAUCCAGGUAAUGUGCCUUUCACCAAGGAGAAGGCUGCGGUGAUUUAUGCUCGGGUGAAGAACACGCUGUGCGUCACACUGGACUACAUGAAGCCUCCCACAGAGAGGGACCUGAUGCUGGUGAAGGAUGGCACUGUCUGUGGUGACCACAAGAUCUGCAUGAAACAGAAGUGUGUGUCUGCUGCUGUCUUGAACUAUAAUUGUGACAUAAAGACAAAAUGCAACAAUCAUGGGGUGUGCAAUAACAAAGGGACUUGCCAUUGCCAUCCUGGCUGGAAGCCACCAAACUGCCAGGAGAAAGCAGGGAGGCAGGGAGGGAGCAAAGACAGCCCGUUCAGCGCUGAUGAAGCAGGCCUGCAGAACAAGGACCCGCUGAAGAUGUGGCUGCUUCUCACCUUCUGCCUCUUUGUGCCCGUCCUCAUCGGGCUCAUCCUCAUGGUGGUGAAGAGAAAGGAGCUGAGGCAAUGUCUCUCCACGGAGCAGCUGGAAAUAGACGAGUCUGAAGAUAAAGAAAGCACUGAGGAGGAAGGGAGCGCGUUGGAUGCACAGCAGCAUAGCUGGAGAGGACUUUAAAUCUGCCUGCGGGGGGGCUCUGGACUUUGGGGAGCACUGGAAGGAAGACGCAGCAGCACAGCGCACAGAUAUGUUUGUGGUCCCAGGCUUGGGAUUUAAUCCGCAACAGCCACGUGGUCCCCCUUGGGGCUGUGCACCAGGGGUGUUGAAGCCUGUUUGAGGGAUGCUAAGUCUGUAGUUUGUGUUUUUUUGUGUGUUGUUCAAUAAAAG